AUGCCUCUCCCACCGGCAUUAGCUGCGCGACUGGCUAAGCGAGGUAUAUUGAAAGCAACCCCUGAACCAGUACAGAACGCUGAAGUUCCUCAGACUCAAACCAAUGAAGAGAUCAUAGCGGAAGAUUAUGAUAGUAAACUUGACGAUCGCGCUAAGGAACAUUUUUGGGAAGGUAUUGAAGGCGUCAACGUUGAUCCUAUAAAAGGCCAUAAAGGUUGUCCAAAUAAAAGUAAUAUAUACCACGAGUGUUCCAAGUACUGCGUAAAAAGAUGGAAAGCUGGAAAAACAGUUCCUCGCGAGAAUUACUUGGAGUACAAGAAAAAGGCAUUAGAAAUGUGGCCUUUGCCUCCUGGAUGGGAAGAAGUCUACGACGAAGGGUUUGGGCAGCAUUAUUUUUGGAAUGUUCACAAUAAUUUAGUUUGCUGGUUACCCCCUGCUCAUCCACGUGCUGUACCUACCGAGAGUGCUGCACACUUGAGAGAAGAGCGAUUGUUGAAAGAAGGUGAUGAAAGUGACGAUAGCAGCGAAGCUUCUGAUCAAGAAGUACCACAACAGGUGCACAAAGAGAAGAAACAUGAACGGAGGGAGAAGGACAAAGAUUUGGUGCAUCACAGAAAUAAGAGACAAAGGGUUAAGGAUAAUGAUUUAGACCCAAUGGACCCUGCUGCUUAUUCUGAUAUAGCUAGGGGCAGCUGGACUUCUGGACUUGACACGCAUGCUAAGACUGGAGUGGAUUCAACUGCGACUGGCUCUUUGUACCAAAUGAGACCUUAUCCUGCACCUGGAGCUAUUCUAGCAGCAAAUGCUAAGCAGUCAUCUCCAUCCCCAUAA